AUGUCAUCCCAAACCGUCGAAUACGUCGUCCUCUUCAAGGCUAAAGACAACGCCGACCCAUCCAAGAUAAACGCAUGGCUCGACGCGCUCAACGGCCUGAUCUCCUUAGACCAAGUCCUCCACCUCAGCGCCGGUCCAGCCCUCCGAACCCGAUCCUCCUCCUCUUCCCUCGGCUUCACUCAUAUCCUCCACUGCCGCUACGGCUCAGAACGGGACCUAGCUGCCUACUUGGUCCACCCCAGCCACGUUAGCGUGGUCAAAGAUCACGGCCAGUAUCUGAUCGACGACAUCAUGGCCGUUGAUUGGUUGGCUACCGCCGCUCAUGAUCUCCACCCACCACCCGGGUCCGCAAUCCGAGUCACCUUCUUGAAACUGAAGGAAGACCUGGGCGACGAUGUAAAAUCGGAGAUCUUAGCGGGUAUUAGAGGAAUUAAAGAUAGGUUCGGGCGAAUUACACAGUUUACGUUUGGAGAGAACUUCUCGCCGGGUAGAGCCAAGGGAUUUUCACUGGCGUGGCUCGCCGUUUUUCCGGGACGGAGUGACCUGGAGUCGAUGGAUUCCAACGAGAAUCUGGUAUAUUUGAAAGAGCAGCAGAAGGUUAAGGAUUUUGUGAGUGAACUCGUCGUUGACUAUGUGGUUCCGUUACCAUUAUAG